AUAAGGAAUGACGGGUAAAUUGGGUCAAAGGUUAAAACUUUUCUUCGCGUGGUCGUGAUCGUGGACAGGACUGUCGUCUGAAAAUUUGUGAAAUACGGUGAUCUAAACGGAGACAGAGAUGCUUGCUGAGCCGAGACGGCGGCAGAAAUGGUCGGCAGAUCCACGUGGAGCCUCUUGGAGUAACGAUGACUCCAAGUUUGGUCAGAAAAUGCUGGAGAAAAUGGGUUGGCAGAAGGGUAAAGGCCUGGGUGCUAAGGAGGAUGGCAUGACCCAACACGUGAAGGCCUCCCUGAAGUUUGACCAGACAGGCCUGGGGUGCAGCGCUGACCAGGCUGAUAACUGGAUCGCACAUCAGGAGGACUUUGAUGCACUGCUGGCUGGUCUGAAUGCCAGCCAUGGGGCCAGUGGCAGUGGGGAGGCUGAGUCUAACACCAAGACGAUUAGCAUUGAGGAGAAGUCCAAGUCUUCAAAGAGGAGAGUUCACUACCACAAGUUCACCAGGGGCAAGGAUCUCUCCAGUAUGAGUCAGGCUGACUUAGCUUGCAUCAUGGGUAAGAAAGCCAGCCAAUCAGCACCUGUCACUCCUAACCAAUCAGAGCCAGCCACACCCAGGAGCCAAUCAGAUGCUGAGGAUGAGGACAGUGGUGCUUCAUGUCCACCACUGGCCAAUAAUUACGGAGUAACCACCAUCACAAAGUCACAGAGCAUACAGGAUUAUUUUGCACAGAAAAUGGCCGAGUUAAAAAAGGCACAGUCAGGUGGAGAGGUUAAAAAUCUAGAUGGCAAUGAUGAAGACAAAAAUUCAGAGCCUCAAGUUGAAAGCUCCUCAGAACAGAAGUCAAAGAAAAAGUCCAAAAAGAGAAAAUACAAAGAGCAAGAAGACAACGUCAGUUCAGAAAGUGAGGCAGUAAAAGAUAGUACUUCCACCAAAAGGAAGAAGAAGAGAGAACGUAAAGAAGAAAGCAAUGAUCUGGCUGAAAUGGAAGUCACAAGCCAAGAAGACGGCCAGAAGGAAAAGAAGAAGAAGAAAAGAAAGAAGGAGAAAGAACUUGAAGUUCCUGAGCAGCAACAGGAAAUUUUCAAGGAAGAUGAAGGGAAACCAAAGAAGAAGAAAAAGUCUCGGAAAACUGUAGAGAGAUCAGAAGAAGAUGAUGUGACACAGAGUGAAAGUGUUACGUUUGAGGCAAGGGAAAAGAGUAGUAGUAAGGACAAAAAGAAGAAAAAGAAAAGUAAGAAGGCAAAAGUGCAAGAAGAGGAUUAACUUCUUCACAAAAAUGUCCUGUUAUGUCACAAAUGUAACUUAUGCACAUGAUUUAGAAUUAGAUGUACGUGUGCCUCAGUUAUACACUGUUGUAUCUCAGGGGUAGACUUGUUCGACAUCUAAUGUUUUACUUAGAUAAUGUAGAUAAUUGUACCAUAGAGAAGGGACCUCUAUUUAACUUGUAAUGAACUGCAGCAUUUUACUAUUCUCAACUUACAAUCAGAUAAAGAUGUGAAGGACAAUUAAUUACUUGGAAUACAGCAUUUUGAUAAGUAUGUGGCUCCAAAACUAUAUACUUUUUAUCAAAUGAACUUCUUUUGAAUCCAGUAUACCUAGGCUUUAACAAGUCUACUGAAACACAUAUUCCACUCUUUUUUACUCAAUAGCCCCAAGUACAUCAAUUUUCUUUACACUGGAAUCUAAGCCCUGGAAUAAGAAUGAAUUGAAUGUGUUUCUAUGGUGUAAAUUCAAAACAAGGGGAUGGAUGAAUGAGGUAUUGUGUAAUAAACAGACAACUCAGAAUGAAAUAAACUUUUCUUGUAUCAUGUUUACUUGUCUUACCCAUAGUAACCAUGGCAGCAUCAAUCACGAUACAAGCACAGUGCAGCCAAUUAUCUGUCUUACAAGAGAUCAUUAUUGACUAUUCUAUAUAGCAAAGACAAAUCCCUUGUAGACUUUAUCUUGUAAUGUAAGCUGAGAUACUAACAAUUGAGGACAUGUUCAUUGCAUGGAUUUAAUGAUGUAUUAAUUGAAGACGAAAUUGACUGUUUGGGGAAUAGUGUUUAAAGAAGAGUCUUAAUGAACUUUAUGUACCUAAAAUUGAUCAACUUACACUGAAUAAAAUAUUUGUAU